AUGUCGAACGAAGCGGAGAUCGAAUGGCAGUCCAGGCCUGCGGGCGAGAUUGCCGAUGAAUCGCAGCGACUUAUCAACCUGUUUACGACCUCGGAUAUACUGAAUUCACCCACACUGGUCUCGGCCUUGCAGCUUCUUCACACCGAGGCUAGCAAAAUGAGCCGUGAAUCGGUUGUUCAGGACGGAGCCUUUUAUCUCUUUGUCAAGCUUCUCUUCGAAAGAGUCGUCAAGCAUGUUUCGGACAAGAAACAUGAAGUCAAAGCGAAACUUGUAUAUGAAAUGCACGAAGGGGCGGCUACUGUUGUACGUUGGGCCUUUGACGAAAAGGAUGAGAAAAAAGCCAGAGAAGCCCACAAGAAGGAACGCAAGAAGGCGCACCAAAAAGCCUUGAAAAACAAAGGGGUGCGCGCCAACGAUAAGAAGUGCAAAGAGGAUGCAAAGAAGGAAACGGGUUGGUCGUGGUUCGACUUGCAGGACACUGAGCACCAAGUCCCCUUUAUUGAGCGGGAGUUGGAGGCUCUUAAAGGCUGGAAGGACAGCGAUGUUAAACCGCCCACCCCGGUCCUCGACCGUCUCUAUUUCUGCUUGAAAGAAUCAGACAGGCAUUUCACCUUGGAGGAAUAUGUGGAAGCCUGCAUCUGGAACGCGCGGUACACCGAGCUCACCACUACGCACCACACCAGCGGCGGCCCUCCCAAGUUGCGCGACUUUGUCAACGGGUCAGUUCUCGAGAUUCAGCAAAUGUGCGACCUAUGCCAGGCCAGAGUGGCAGAGCUCGAUAGAUAUCUGGAGCGCGGCCAAAUCACGCAGGCCAUGUACGACUUGAGCCGUCCUGUCUUCGAUCGGUGGCGUGUCUCGAUUGAAAAUUUGUCGCCGGAUGAAAGGCAAGAAGCUGUUAGCGAAGCGACGGCUAUUCGGUCCACAAAGGAAAAGUUGGAACAAGCAUACGAGUCUGAGCUUCGGGUACCGUCGUCCAUCGUCGGCGGCCGUGAGAGGUACACGGGAUUGCUUGAGGGAAACCCGGUCGAUCGCGCCUUGUCUCGAGAGAUUGAGGUGCACUUGUACCAUUGA